UAAAUCUAAACCAGAAAAGAAAAGAAGGAAUUCGGCAACGAAGAAGUUGUCCAUCGCUUUCUUUCAUCUUCCAUCAAUGGCAACCGCGUUGAAUAUUACGCCAAUCGCUAAUCGCCAUCGCUGCCGUAUGCGUCUCUCUCAUUAUAUAUAUAUAUACAAUCCUUUCAUCAUCAUCAUCCUGUAUUCUGAUCGCAGCAAACAUGAGUGAAUCUAAACAACCGCACCUGAACGGAGCAUACUACGGUCCAUCAAUUCCGCCGCCGUCCACCAAAUACCACCGGCCAGGCCGUGGAUCUGGUUGCGGUUGUCUCUGUAACUGUCUCUUCAGUCUCAUUUUCAAAAUCAUCUGCACAAUCGUAGUCACAAUCGGAAUCAUAAUCUUAGUUCUCUGGCUCGUUUUCCGUCCAAACAAAGUUAAAUUCUACGCAACAGAAGCGAAUCUGACUCAAUUCGAUCUUUCAACCACGAACAACACUUUGUAUUACAAUCUCGCUUUGAAUCUCAGGAUUCGAAACCCUAACAAACGAGUCGGAGUCUACUACGAUAGAAUUGAAGCGAGCGGUUACUACGAAGACCAUCGCUUACAAACUAACGAAGUGGAGAGGUUUUAUCAGGGACAUAAGAACACUGCCGAUGUGAAAACAACGUUUCAGGGGGAAAACAUAGUGGUUUUGCAGAAUCGGAUGGAUUACGAAUUGGAGAAAAGAGAGGGAAUUUAUAGUAUUGAUGUGAAACUUAGACUUCGAAUCAGAUUGAAGGCGUGGUGGUUUAAGACGCCGAGAUUUACUACAAAGGUUGAAUGCGAUCUGAGGGUUCCUAUGAACAACAACAACAAUGGCGGAAACUCGAACUCGUUUCAGAGCACGAGGUGUGAUAUUGAUUGGUAAUGAGUUGACUCACUGGUUAUUCGUUUUAAUUCUGCUCUUCGUUCCUAUUGUUAUAUAUAUAUUAUUAUUGUAUCAUUAUUUUGGAGCUUGUGAAUAAAUAACGCCAUAUCAUAU